AUGAAUCGUUUUAGUGAUAUUGAUGUAACAUUGAAAAGACUUCCAGCAGUUUAUGGUUAUCAAAAUCAACAACUUGUUUCAAUUGAAAAAGCUUUAGAACCUAUUGAAUCACAAAUUAAUGAUUUAAAAGGUUAUAUAAAAACAGCUAAAAAAUAUUGUCAUUACCCAUCAGAACAUGGUUUAACACGUGAUGAAUCAGCUACUGUUUAUAUUUAUACAAUGGAAUGGGAUGAAACAAGUUUAUAUCGUCUUCUUAAUAAAGCACUUAGAGAUGAGAAUAGACAAAAUAUUAAAAUAUGGUUUCCUUAUUUAAAAUUAUUCGAUACGGCAUUAGAUAAAUUACCAACUAUGAUAGAAAGUGUAUGGAGAGGUAUUCCUCUUGAUAUUGGAAAGAAUUUUACCAAAAAUCAACUUUUAACAUGGUGGACGGUUAGUUCUUGUUCAUCUUCAGUUAAUGUUAUUAAAAGUUUUAUCGGACAUAAUAAAUCUUCAACUCUUUUCUUAAUUGAAACUAUGAAUGGAAAAAAAGUUUCUGGUUACACAGCAUAUGAAGGUGAAGAUGAAAUUGUUUUGAAAAUUGGAACACAGUUUCGUGUUAAAAGCGAUCCAUUAGAACAGUCGAAUCAGUCACAUAUUGUACAUUUAAUUGAAAUUGAUGAUAACGAUGAUGAUGAUGAAUUAGUAACAUCGCCUAUGAAGAAUUUAAGUGUCACAUCAAAUCCAAGAGCAUCACAACAAAUCAAAUGGAAACAAAAUGGAAUUAUCUCUGCGGGGGGAAAUGAAGAAGGAGAUCAAUUAAACCAACUGUCUUCUCCUAAUGGGAUCUUUAUUGAUCAUCACAACAAUCUUUUUAUUGCUGAUUUCGGAAAUCAUCGUAUUACCGAAUGGAAACAUGAUUCGAACAAUGUACAAAUCAUUGCUGGUGGAAACGAUCAAUUGUCUCGUCCAACAGAUAUUAUUGUUGAUAAACAAAAUAAUUCUUUGAUCAUUGCUGAUACUGGGAACAGGCGAGUGAUAAGAUGGUCUCUACAAAAUCAAAGAAUACAACAAAUUCUUAUUUCGGAUAUUGAUUGUUUUGGUUUGUCAAUAGAUAAAAAUGGAUUUAUUUAUGUUUCUGAUAUUGUGAAAAAUGACGUGAGACAAUGGAAAGAAGGAGAUGUAAAUGGAAUAGUUGUUGCAGGUGGAAAUGAAAAAGGAAGUGAUCACAAUCAACUGAAUUGUCCUGGUUUUAUCUUUGUCGAUGAUGAUGAUUCUCUUUAUGUAUCAGAUUGGUACAAUCAUCGUGUGAUGAAAUGGGCAAAAAAUGCAAAAGAAGGAAUUAUUGUUGCUGGUGGAAAAGGAAAAGGAUCUAGCCUCAAACAAUUGUCUGAACCACAAGGAGUAAUCGUUGAUCAUUUAGGUCAAAUCUAUGUGGCAGAUGGUGGAAAUCAUCGAGUAAUGCGUUGGUGUCAAGGAGCUAAAGAAGGCGAAAUUAUUGUUGGUAAAAAUGGUCAAGGAGAUGAAUCAAAUCAAUUGAAUAAUCCAUAUGGUUUGUCGUUUGAUGAUGAAGAGAAUCUUUAUGUUGUUGAUUGGGGAAAUCAUCGAAUCAUGAAAUAUGAAAAGAAAUGA